AUGGCCCUGCUGAUCUUCCUGAUGCUCACGGUGGCGUGUGCCUGGCCUUGCAGCUUGGAGAACACUUUCGAAGCGGCUACUUAUGUGAAGACCGAGAAGGAGCUCAACGAGCAAUUGCGGUGGGAGCCGACAGUCAUUGAAAAUGAGCGUUAUUCUGGUGCAUGCCUGGAAUACUUGAAUGCCAUUAAGUAUUUCAACGUGCAUGACACCAUCGACACUUUGCAGCGCCGCAUGCUGACAAGUUGGAAUCGCCACGACCGCCAGCCACGACACGUUCUGCACUUGCCUUUCGGAAGUCGCCUGUUUUUUGAGUUCCAGACUCCCAGGAUUUCACUCCAACCUGAUAGAGUCCCAACAAUAUCUGGAUCUAUCCUUGCAUGUGCCCAGGACGAUGCAGCAGGCUUGUUUGCAGUAAGUGAGUUUCAACAGGCCCUGCGCAAGCAAUGCCACGAAAGGGAGUCGUUUACUAUGCACGAGUCUGUCAAGGGUGAGCCUGUGACGCUCGACUCAAUCCGGAGCCUCGUCUUUUCUUUCCGUGGGGACUCGCACGUGCGCGUUGCGGUCAUGGAGGCCACGGUCGAAAUCGAAGAGCAUGCUGGAUCAGUCGAGGCCUCACUAAGAGUCCACGACCAUGGCCCAAGCAGCACCCCGACACCUUUCUGGCUCCCCUGGGUCCCAUCCUUUUUUCGUCGCUUUGUGCCGGAUUCACGGCAUCCAGAUGUACGAUUUCAAGGCAAUGCACAAGGCCAAUAUUUUUGGCUGCAGAUGGAUGGCCUUCAGGAAAUCUCGCUUGGAAGGGGGACAGCUCCUGGCAAGCAGAUACUUCUUCAGAAGACCAUGCGAGCGAGCCGGCAACCUUUGUCAGAAGUUUCCCUUUCCAGCGAUAGCAAAACAAUAUGGAAAGUGAGCACCGGCAAGCUCGAGCGCAUCUGUGGCCACAGCAUGCCCGCAACCCUUUCUCACGGUAACGGGAAUGUUCACAUGUCUGCACAGCUCUUUGAAGCAGUCCUCGGGGUGCAAUCGAGACAUCUUACGGGGCACGCAUCGAUGGCUUCAACGGCCGUCCGUGAUGCAAGACUAAACUACAGCUUCGAAAUGGGAGGGAUCCAACUUACAGAAGUUCCGCACAAUCCCACGGGCCAUGAUGAUUCCUUCGUGCUGACGAUGGAGGGUUCGAAUACCACUGCACGUUGUGAUGGGAGAGCCGAGCCCCUGCUGGCGGCGUCGUUGGAUCAUUUCCAGGGGGCCGUGACCGUCAAAGGCAAGAAAGGAGUAACUGGGUCGCUGUCGGUUUGGGUGGCCUUGAGCAUAAGGGAUCGGCUCACUGUGCGGGGGUUGCACUUGAAACAUCCAAGUGUCCCGGUUUCGCAAUCGGCAGAAACUGCUGUGAUGGCUCGCUUUGUUCCUGAUGUCAAUCAGCGUCUUCAGGAUCUGGCACUGACUCUUCCUGAGUGGCUAGCACAGUACAUCCCAUGCAAGCUGCAUGAAGGACAUGGAAGUUGUGAGAACAUCGAGCUUGGAUCGGCCCAGCAUGACAGGGGCUUCGUGGUCUUUUCGGGAGAUGUUGAAGCCUCUGAGACCUCCUUCGUGGCUCCACCAAGCAGUCUCUCAUUGACCCAUUGGUGCUACUGGUACCGCCUGGUCUUCAGGUGCUAUGAACUGCAUCCGAAGCUUGCAACGGUGUUGCUUUUGUUGGUUUCGCUGGCGUUGCUUCUUGCAAGACGCCAGUGGUCGCCCAUGUGCGCAGUCUCUGCGCUGGUGCUGUCAAUUCUUUCGUUGAGCUGGAGUCAGUACGGCCCGUUCAAAGGGUUCACAGCUUCUGCACUUUCGGCAUUGGGCACUCCCCAGACCACAGGCGUGAAGUUUGUUGCUGAGCAAUUCCAGGAUAGGACGGACUGUGCUGUCCUUGUGAUUCUGGUGGAAAUGAUGAUCUUGCCGUGGUGGGCAGACAUUUGCGCUUUCAUCUGGCGAGGUUUCAAGAAGGCAGACUUGAAGGAAAGCCAUAAGGAAGCCAUCGCCCAUUGGUGUUUCAGUGCAGCGGUCGUGCUUGCGCAGUUCUGGCUCUUGGUUGGCAUGCCCAUGAUGCUUUUUCUUGGCCGUGAACUUGCGGCAGUGGUCGAUGACUACGCGGAAACGUCAUUUCCGAGCUCCCCAAUGCAUCUUAUCGAGGAUCUGUUCAAUGUGCGCCAGGCGCAGAUCCAUCACACCACUGGAGCGCUGUUGGGUUGCAGCUUCACAGCAAUGGUCGUGUCCCUCAUCGGGCUGUAUUUUGUCUUUUUCCUUUCAGCUUUGCCUCCCGGAGCGUUCCUUGGAAUCCUAACCUUCCGAUACAAACGCGGCGCCGGAAGUUGCUGUCCCAACGUCACCGCCACCGCCGCCACCAUCCCACCCACCAUGCCCACCACCCCUACUGCAAGCACGGCAACCUUGUGUAUCCUCAUCAUCGAGCUCCUCUCUAAUGCUGCGAUUUUGGGGCCUUUGGUCAUUGCUUACCAAAUCCUAGGAGGUACCGCUGAGUGGUGGCUUGCGUGGGGGAUCAUGGGAAUUUGCCGACCUCUGUUUGCAGUGCCAUACAUCGGGAGUGACAUGAUCUCGCUUCCCAUUCUGCCCAUGGGGUUUGCAUAUCUUGGCUGCUCGCUUCUUCCUGCAGUGCUCCUGUGGAUGUCGUCCAACAAUGCUCUGGCAGCUCUCGGCAUAUCUGGAGCGGAAGCAUCGCUGGGGCAGUUGAGCAGUUGCUUUAUCUGUUCCAUGUACAUGGCGAAUGUCUGGUUUGUUGCAAGCAGUGCCUACAUGUUGUUGUACGACACUGCUUACGCAAAGAAAGCCGCUCAAGUUCUGGCAGCUCAGAUAAAGCUAGCCACCUCCCACCCCGAGUGGGCUUUCGAUUCCAAGUGGGCCAAGUGGAUUAUGAAAGUGUUCACAACUUCUUCUCGCGCGUUCUCGGGGAUCUCAGAACAGACUUGGAGUGCAUGGUGGGAGUCUUUCUUUCCUUGGCUCGUGUGGUUCCUGGAGAUGGACGCGGUGGUCUCAUUCUUCUAUCAUCUCAUCAAGGUGAUUCAGCUAGGUGUUCAGUCCUCUUUCUUCAAUGCUGAGAUGAGCGGCCACAUGCUUUUGGUCAAAUGGUUUCUGACGUCCAACGAAGUGUUUGACAGAGAUUUGAGGGAGGUGCCGAAAGUUGUCUUGAGCGGGGCCAGCUUUAGUUGGUGCGGCUUUGCCGUCCUUUUGAGCAUCUGCUUGCUCGCCGGCUGGGUGACCCUCCAUUAUGCCCACGCUGGUCGUGGACCCGCGAGACGGCAGAGGACUUUGGACAUGUGCACUAUGAGAGCGCGGUGCUGCAUGGAGUGGUUAAUGGCACCCUUUUCAGACGGCACGUCGAAUGAUGAAGCACAUCGAAGCUUGUUGAGUGACUGUGAGGGCAAGGAGGAUGAAGAGUGCCGACAGGCAAUCGCAAACUAUGUUCGUUUGUGCUCGGUGGAUUGGAAGAGAGCAGAAACAGAGGUGAGACGGUCCUGGGCUGGCAUUGCUGGAUGGUUGCACGUGGAAUGUGAGGAAACCUGGGGGGAGUACAGGCAGGAGUUCUUGCUGUUUGGCCUCUUACAUGGCCUUCUGGGCUACGUGCGCACACUUAUGUGGAGAGACAGCUUCCCGCAUGCUUGGGGCCUCUUGCAGAGUCGAGUUGCUAUGCAGGUGGGUCUCCAGGAGUUUCAUGCAUACCUUGCAAAACACGGUUUCCAAGCAGGCGGCAGCAGGACAGUCCUUGACGACCCAUUCUUGGCAUAUGACUGGUGCCUGUCACUGUCCUUGGUGUUGCAGUCACUGCUAUGGAUCCUGAUUCUUGCCUCCCUGUAUUGCGAGUUCAAGAGCCGGAAGCCUACCAGCCAAGCUUUCAGCUUCGCCGCGGGUGCCGUUGCGGUGAUGUCGGGGUUGUGUGUUCUCGUCCCGAACUAUGCCAAGAUGACCAAUCUUACUGAAUCUUUCAGGGGCUGCGGGCCGGAGUUUGAUCGCUUGAUGGAGUUUGCGGUCUCCGGCACUCUUGGCAUGACCUUUGCAGUGCCCCUGGGUUUGCAAAUCUUCGGGGUUUUGCUCACAGUUCCCAUCUCCGCCGUGCGAGGCCUGUGGUUUGUCACGAUUCGGCCAGAGAUGCGCAAGAAGCGUGCGUUGCACACCGGGAUGUGGUUGGUAGCCUUCCUGAUUCCAUUCGUGACAAUAUUCCCACUGCUGUUUUUCAGUCAGCUCACUGAAGACUCGCAGUCCCAAGCGAUCAUCUACGUCUUCUGGCUCCUCCCCUCCCUCCGGAUCAUUAGUGCCGGAAAGACACGAGGUGAGACAUGGUUCUAUUUUGGGUGGCUCACGUUGUACUGCUUUCUGGUGGGCUGCUUCCUUGGACGCCAGUCCUGGAUCAUGAGUCUUGACGUCCAAAGUGUGAUCGACCAUCUGGACGGACCCUGGCUUUGGUCAAUGAUGCACGCAGACUUCUGUUUGACGAAUGUGAUCAUCACAGAUUUGGUUUGUUUUGUUCUUGGUGACAUGGAAGAGGAUGAGGACCUUCAGGCGGAGCUGGAGCUGUCCAAAGCGUGCAUGGCAGUCUCGAAGACGCCUUUCGGUGUCACCGGGGAGAUGGAGAGUCUUCCGGGCUUUCAAUCCGCAAGGGUUGCGGAUGGCCUGUCGAUUUUGGACUUUGGUUCUGAGGCUGAAGCUCGGGCAGCGUCCAGUCGUAACUUGGCAGACGGCAGGCUAGUGUCUUUAAGUUCACUCGUCAGUGUAGCCACCUCGCACUGA